AUGAUUCGACAAAUUACUAUUCAAAAUAAGAAGUCAAUUGAUCAAAUUAAACGUAGGUUAACAACCAAAGUUUUGGCACCAAAUGAAAUCGAAACAAAUAAGCAUAAACGAACAACGAUAAAAUCUAAUGAUAAAGAUAUGAUUUUAAUAAGUUCAAUUAAUGAAGAUUUAAAAAAUUAUUGGAUAGAAAUUCCAGAGGAAUCUAAUUAUACAGUUGAAGAUGUUUUGGAAGUAGCCAUUAAAAUUUUUGAGAGGAUACCAUCAAGCAAUAAAACUACAAGAGUUUACAACGCAUACAUUAGUGUAUUUGGUAGUGCUAAACGAACGGAUUUAGCAUACGCGGUUUAUAAUGCGAUUGGAAUGUUUGGAGCCAAAUGGAUGGCAUAUGGAUAUUUAUUUUUUACACAAGAUCUUGACCUUAUAAUAUCAUCAGGAAAAGUAGCCAUUAUAGGGAUAGGUAUUGGAGCAUUUCUAACGACUAGAUUUGCAAUGAUAACAAUGUUGAAAGAAGUUAUACUUGCACAAGGACGAAAAGCAUCACAAGUAAAACGUGAUCUUAAUAAUGUAGAGUAUAGACAACUUUAUAAAAUGACACCACAAGAAAUACGGAAUUAUAUGUUUACAUUUCUAAUGGGAGCAUUAUUGAAAAAUGGUAACCUUAACGAAGCAUUAAUAGUUUUGCAUCAUAUGACAAAUAAUGAAGCACCAUUAAAUAAG